UUGUCAGGGAUGGGGGAUACUCUCCUCCAGUGGAAAAAUGGCCGCCAUGGCCCCAAGUCGCGGAAUAGGCGUGUGCCAUCGUUUCAUCCUUGUUGCUUAUGUGUGCUUUUUAAUUGUGAUUAGAGAAGCAUUGGGGCUGACAUGUUAUUGUGAAAACUACUGCCCCAGCCAUGAACUUUUCAAUGGGACCUGUGAGGCAAAGCCAGAUGCUUUUUGCUUCAGUGCUGUUGGUCUCGUUUAUGACCACGAGCUCAGGGUGUGGAAGGAAGAACGCACUUUUGGGUGCCUAGGAGCACAAGAACUUGGUUUAAUGCAAUGCAGAGCGUAUUUGACUCAGCAUGAACGACCGAAAAAUAUUUCAUGUUGCAACGAGUAUGAUAUGUGUAAUUUAGCUUUGAGACCAAUGUUGGAUGUAAACCCUCCGGUAACACCAUCGAGCCCUGUGAAGAUUCCGGAGAGCUUGCUCUUGGUCACCUUGCCGUUAGCCUUUGUGCUCGUGUUGGCUGUGAUAAUGUCAUUUUGGUACAGGUACAGACAACGUGAAGGUAGGAGGCUUCAGUACUUCAAAGACCAAGUAGCUCCUCGAUGUGCAAGUAUGUUUAUGGGUCCCAAUGACCAUACACUAUCCGAGUUAAUUGAGCAGUCUUCGGGAUCAGGCUCUGGUCUUCCCCAUUUGGUUCAACGAACCAUUGCCAAGCAAAUCCAGCUGCUUCAUAGUGUUGGCAAGGGGAGGUAUGGAGAAGUAUGGCUUGGUCAGUGGCGAGGUGAAAAGGUUGCUGUGAAGGUCUUUUUUACAACUGAUGAGGCCUCAUGGUUUCGAGAAACUGAAAUUUAUCAAACAGUUCUCUUGAGGCACUCAAAUAUUUUGGGCUAUAUUGCUGCAGACAUAAAGGGGACAGGAUCUUGGACGCAGAUGCUACUCAUCAUGGAUUAUCAUCCUUUAGGCUCUUUGCACGAUUACCUACAAACUACUACAUUGAAUUACACAAAUACAAUUCGCUUGUCAUUAUCUGCAGCUUGUGGUUUAUCCCACUUACACACAGAAAUUUUUGGUACUAAAGGGAAACCCGCCAUUGCACACAGGGAUAUAAAAAGUAAAAAUAUCUUGGUAAAAAGGAAUGGUGAAUGUUGCAUAGCUGAUUUUGGCUUGGCAGUUAAAUACGUAAGUGAACGUAAUGAGUUGGACUUCGGCACUAACCCUAAAGUAGGAACGCGCCGUUAUAUGGCUCCAGAAGUCCUAAACGAAACUAUAAAUACUGGCUGUUUUGAGUCUCUCAAAAUGGCAGACGUUUAUUCGUUUGGUCUAGUUCUGUGGGAAAUUACUAGAAGAUGUGCAAGUGAAAGUGGAGAGAAGUUGCUAAUGGCAGAAGAAUAUCAGCUGCCUUACUAUGAACAUGUUCCACCAGAUCCCUCAUUUGACGACAUGCAUGAAGUAGUUUGUGCUAAAGGAAUCAGACCAGAGAUCCCUCUUCGUUGGAAUUAUAAUGAGAUUUUGAAAGCUAUGGGCAAAGUCGUACAAGAAUGCUGGCAUGCCAAUCCUGCCGCUCGUCUAACAGCACUGAGAGUGAAAAAGACACUCUAUAAAUUGCCUGUUCCUGAAAGUACCAAGAUUGUGUAAAAGGAGCAUGCUUUCAGAAGGAAACAAAUAAGCAUAAUCAAAGAACAUGGUGUACAGUUUUGACUGGACCAUAACUAGAUGUAGUUUUGUAUGAGCCACUCAUUUUUAGAGUAGUGAAAAGUGAAGGGAUGACUACCUUACUGGUGUUGGAAUACAUUUUGUCACUUCAUAGAAAGGCUUUCGAUAACCAUGCAUGUCUAUAAGGGUUAUAGUUUUACUGAAACAUUUUCCUUAUGUGUACAAAGGAAAAUGUGUACAAUCUCAAAAUAGUUCAGCCAGACCCAAAAAUUAAAAUGAAUUGUAUAGAUAUGCUCAGUUAUAAUUUGAUAACAGUUGUAUGUUUAGUGUGUUAAGAAUUUUAAGAACUAUUUUUUUAAUAGUUGCUAUUAUUUUAUCUGUAGACAUGCACAAUAUCACAGCCUCUUGAAUUGAUCUGCUGUGACACUUUGUAUUGUCUUUGAACACUACCCAAAUGUUUGUAUCCCAUUCAGAACCAUGAGUGUGACUUAAUACUAAUAAGUGCCUGGUAUGAAAUAGAUAUUGAAAUGGUACAAGUGUAUAUUAUUGUGUAGCUUAAGUGUGUGUGUGUUUGUGUGUGUGCGUGUUGAUAUUAUUAUUCAGGUUUGAAGUUGUAUGCAAGAAUGUGGAAACUCUUAUUUUGUCAUUCAUUGUCAUAAAAAUGAAAAGGCUUUCAUUCUUUGAUGAAAUUCACAUAUCGUUAUAUUUUUGGGUGUUGAAUGGUGCCUGAUGGGAAUCUAUGAAUUGCAGCUUUACAUUUGUAAAUGAAUAGUAUGCAGUUUUAAUCCUAGAAAGCAGGUAGAUGGUCUGAUAUCCCCAUUAGGGAGAUUACUGCACUGUAUCUACCAAAGCUAUUUUAAUCGCUUUAUCCGUGUUAUGUACUUUUUGUUACAUCCAUAUUAAGGGCUAAUUUUAAGUCUUGAGUAAAGUUUUUGACCGGUUAUCUCGUCAGUUUUUUGAAGAGUGUAAUAGUGAAGGGUUACUUUAGCACACAGUACAUAAAGUACAAUUGCUUCCAGAAAGGAUAAUUUUGAAGAAAUGCUAAUAAAAUGUCAUGUUGUGCCUUUUAUUAGGUAUAUUUUGUUAAUCAGUACAGUACAAGGUAUACUUAAUUUUGCCUUUUUUAAGUGGCCUUUGUUAAAAAUACUGGUUUAAGGUUUCUACUUUGCAAGCUGAAAAAUCAGUAAACUGUGGAUUUUGCUUUGUACUGUCAAAGAAUUUAUUUAGCACAAAUAUAUAUACGUAUUUUAUUUUUAACAGAAAGACAAAGUUGGGGUGCAUAUUUUUGGCACAGAUGGUGGCAAAUCAGUUUGCUAAGAGCUCCAGGUGAUGUGCCUUUUUAUAGUUUCAUCUCCCCAAGCGAAAAAUUCUGAACCGAAUAGUUUGUAAAGGUAAACAAGUAUAUCAUAUAAAGUAAACAAACCUUACAGGUAAUACAGUAUCUUUACAAUAUGACCCAAAGGUUUAGUUGUCAGGUUUAUGUAAGAAUACUUAAUAUACAAAAUUGCCCAAAUACCAGCAAUUGAUAAAGUCGUAUACUGCAUCAGUUUUUGUGACAUGAUGCCUUUGUGAUGUAUUGUUAAGUGUUCUCUCAGAAGUUUGUGGGGAACUUUUCCAUAUAGGAAUUUUCCUUUAUCUUGUGUAUCUGACGCCAAGGAAUUUAAUUACUGAAAUGUGCCUUACUUUAUUUCUAAUUUCUAAUUUGUUUUUGCACUUGUUGAGAGCAUGUAGGGUAUAUUUAUUUAUCAAAUUAUUUAUGUUGUGUGGAACGAUAAUACAUGAUUCCAUGAAAACCAUCAAAAAAGAAUUUUGAAAAAUAUGGUUAGCAUGAUAAGUUUUAUUAUUUUUUUUUUUCCUCUAGUCCCCAUUUCCUAGUGAUACUUCAGGAAAUGAUAUAGAGUAAAUGUCGUGUUUCAUAGCUGCAUUGGUCAGUUUGUCAUAUGUUUACAUCCUCAGUGUCCUGGUGAUUCCAUGUAUGUAAAAGAAAUUUAUCAGUAUUCAGGUUUAACUCGUUUGUAAAAGCAAGAAGUCGUGUGUAGCAUAUGACCAUAUUGAAAUAUUAAAAGUCUUGUUUUUAUGGUAAGGCAUAAGGUAAUGCAGGUGAGCUGUCUUGUUUGCAGCUUUUUCCUGUGUAUCACAAACUCAUGCAGUGGCAUUUCAUUCUAGUUAAUGUAAAAUUCUUGGUAUAAUUUUAUCUGCCCAUUAAACCAUUGUGAGAUGAAACAAAACUUCAGAUCCUGAAAUUUAGAAGUGCCAUAAUUUUCUUUUCAGGAUCAAAGUAAUGUAUUAUAGAUAAUUUUUUUCAAUUUUUUGUGAUUCUUAAUAUGAAGAGAUUUCUAAGAGAAGUUUUUUCAGUUUGUGCUUUUUCAGUUACUAUCCACAAAAGGAAGGGUAAUGGUGAUUUCGGAUGUUAGCUGCAGAAUUAUUUUUUGAUCAUUAGUAGUACACAUAUGAGAAAUACUGAAUGGAACUGACAUAUCCAGAAUCCAGAAUUCAAGUGAAAAAAAGAUAAGUUAUUUUAAUGAGCUUUUGUUUCUAGAUGGUUAUUUUAAUGAGCUUUUGUUUCUAGAUGCAUGUUUCAGGUUUUUGUAUUUUUUAAGAUUUAACAUCUUGAGUUUUCAACUAAAUAUUUUUUGUAUUCUAGUGUAUGAAAUUAACCGCCCCCCCUUUUUUUUUAGUAUUAUUGAAGUUGUCUUAUUUUAAUUAUUGUCAAUAAGAAAACACUGAAUAUUUAAAAGUUAACAAAUUUACAAGACAUUUUGGAGACUCGGAGAGAAUGUUGACGUAAUAGUAUUUAUUCAUAUCAUCACCAUUGGAGUAUUUUUCUUCGAGCUUCACAUUUCUGCGUUAAUUGUGAAGUAACUGUAUAUCCUCAUUUCAUAUCAAUGCAAUAGACCAUUUUAUCUGCUCCUUCAUUCAUUUUCAUGUGACAUCCCCUGACAUUUGUCAUUAUCGCAGUGUUCAAAUCAUUCAUUUUUGUCAUUUUCCAUUCAUGUCAUCUAUGUAUAGCCCAGAAGAGACCAUGAAAUUGGUGUGAGAGGUAGCAAGCGUCUGUGGCAAUUUCUUGUCAGUAUGAAGGAGGGAGGCUGAUGGAUGAAGUUUUAUGACCUGUAUUUUUUAAAUUUAACAGAAAUAUGGAAUUUCCAAAAUAGAACUGUUUUCGGAAGAAAGAAGACUGGGUCUUCAGUUGUGAUUUUUAAGGUUCAUAGCCUCCAGCAGUGUAUGGUUUUUAUAUCAUUGUACAGUAUCUCUAAUGGGUACAGUACUCAACAUUAUGUACAUAAUACUGUAAAAGAAUUUUAUUGUAAAUAGUUAAUUGAAUCAUAAAUAACUUAGCCAGAACUGUGUAUGUGUUUCAGGCUGGGCUUGCUUUGUUGUUAUUGGCAAAAAAAAAAAUAUUGCAAUGUUGGAGUGUUCAGACUGCAAUAAAGGGAAAUGCUUAGAAGUAGUUGACGGAUACUGUAGUAAAUUUAGUAUAUACACUGUUAUUUUUGCAAUCACUGUUUUUAUAUGACUUGAAAGUUAUGGCAAUGCAGCAUAAAGGAUUUUAAAACCCAGUAACUGUUGGAUAACAUGCCUCAUGUUACCCAUAGGAUUGGUAAUGAUGGAAACUGAUAGAAAUUGUUCAUAUCGUGAUGGUAUCAUUAUAAAUAAAAAAUUUUGGU